UAACUUUCGAUACCAGGCAUCGAUGUUUGAAUUCGUACUUGCAUUUGUACAUCACCGCAAAAUAUAAACAAUUUACUUCAUAUUGCACUUUACAGUCUCGAAAACAUGAUUAAGUGGAACAACAUCAAUAAACUAGCGCAAAAUAUGGUCGCCGCAAGGAUGACAAUGCAGGUGCAACGCCACAACAGCAGUGCAGAGAUGUUGCCCCAACGAUCGGAUGAUGUUAGCCACUUCAAAACACUGGCCGUUACCACACCGAAGCCCUUCGUUUUUCACGUCGAGCUGCAUCGACCCAAUAAACUGAAUGCAAUUAACAAGCAAAUGUGGCUCGAGAUAAAAGACUGUUUUGAACGGCUGGGCACCAAUCCCGAUUGCCGGGCCAUCGUCAUCUCAGCUGCCGGCAAACAUUUCACCGCCGGCAUUGAUCUUAGCGAUAUGAUGAAGCUGGGCCAGGAACUGGCUGAUGUGGAGGAUGUGGCCCGCAAGGGUGUUGUGCUUGACCGCCUCAUUAAGCUCUAUCAGGACUCUUUAAGCGCUCUGGAGCAUUGCCCUAAGCCUGUGAUAACGGCGGUACAUCAGGCGUGCAUUGGAGCUGGUGUGGAUCUGAUUACCGCCUCCGACAUACGCUUGUGCACACAGGAUGCCUUCUUUCAGGUGAAGGAGGUAGACAUUGGUAUGGCGGCUGAUGUGGGCACUCUCCAGCGGCUACCAAAGGCCAUCGGUAGUCAAUCAUUGGCUCGCGAACUCUGCUACACGGGUCGGCGCUUUGAGGCCGCCGAGGCUGAGCAUUGCGGCCUGGUAAGUCGCGUCUUUCCCGAUAAGGAGUCGCUCCUCAGUGGUGCUCUAGCAUUGGCCGAAAACAUUGCCGGCAAAAGUCCAAUCGCCGUGCAAACCACGAAAAUAAAUAUGGUUUAUUCCUUGGAGCACACCAAUCAGGAGGGUCUCGAUCACAUUCGCACUAUUAAUAAAUUGCACCUGCAAUCGGAGGACUUUGCGCAAGCGGUCGCUGCUCAACUAACCAAGGAUGAGAAACCCGUGUAUGCCAAAUUGUGAUCCUCCCACAGCGUUUGUACCUCUUUUCCUUCUUCCUUCAAAAUAAAGUUUCAAAUAUCCCCGAGCUUAUCCAAAAUUGUAUGCGCUUUUCGACCCCUAAAAUUAUUUAAAAAAAAGAAGCAAAAAUGUGUAAGUUUGUGCACAUUAAGAACAGUAUUUAUAUGA